CUCUCUCCUCACCUUGGUAAGAACGUCCAAUCCAAUCUAUAAAUCUCCUUGAUGGAAUUUCCGUACAUAUUACUUGUUCCUUUCUGAUCUCUUCUUCAUCGGUUUUAUGUUUCAUCGAGUUUGAAUAUUUCUUUGUAAGUCUUUUCCUGUCGGUUAUGUUUUCGUCGUUGAAAUGGUUUCAGGAAUUAACAAAGAUCAGAUUUUUGGCCUUUUUUUCUCUUCUAAAUUUGAAUUUCGAUUUUGGGAACACGAAUCGAUGAUGCUGAUGAUCUACAAAUGGGUAUUGAAAACGAUUUGUUCAUGGUUAUUCUGCGGUCGUGGUUUCCCCAAAAAAGUUUGGUUUUUAAAUUUGCAAAGCAGAGUUUGAUCUCUCAUUUAACAAUACCAUGUUCUAACCAUAUUGUGCGUGAUGGGUGAUUUCUUUGGUCUGUGAAGGAUUCUCUGUUUGAUGAUUGCUAGUUCUUUAGAAGAGCAAUGAGUUAUUCUGGAGCCGGACUCGGAAAGCCUGGCUCAGGUAAAAGGAGAAUAAGGGAUCUUUUAACUCAAUCUGAUAACCGAGUCUGCGCUGAUUGUGGCGCUCCAGAUCCUAAGUGGGCGUCAGCUAAUAUUGGAGUGUUUAUAUGCUUAAAAUGUUGUGGUGUCCACAGAAGCCUUGGCAGUCAUAUCUCAAAGGUCUUAUCCGUGACAUUGGAUGAAUGGUCAGAUGAAGAAGUCGAUUCGAUGAUUGAAAUUGGAGGAAAUGCCUCUGCAAAUUCAAUUUACGAGGCGUUUAUUCCUGAAGGUAGCUCUAAGCCUGGACCUGAUGCUAGUCAUGACCAGCGUAUGAGGUUCAUUAGGUCGAAAUAUGAGCACCAAGAGUUUCUGAAACCAAGCUUGCGGAUCACAUCCGUGAGGGGCUCUAGUACAAAGACUCCAGCAUUUCUUUCAUCGAGUCUAUCUAAAAAGAUUGUUGAUAGCUUUCGCACUAAUUCAUCAUCGCAACAGCCGCAACUUGAAGGCAUGGUUGAGUUUAUUGGAUUGUUGAAGGUGACUAUUAAAAAGGGUACCAAUAUGGCCAUCCGAGAUAUGAUGUCAAGUGAUCCCUAUGUUGUGUUGACUCUAGGACAACAGAAGGCUCAAUCUACUGUAGUGAAGAGCAACUUAAACCCUGUCUGGAAUGAGGAACUCAUGCUCUCUGUUCCUCAUAACUAUGGCUCAGUGAAAUUGCAAGUGUUUGACUAUGACACAUUUUCUGCUGAUGACAUAAUGGGAGAAGCUGAGAUUGAUAUCCAGCCUCUGAUUACAUCUGCAAUGGCUUUUGGAGACCCUGAAAUGUUUGGAGAUAUGCAGAUUGGAAAAUGGCUGAAAUCGCACGACAAUGCUCUUAUAGAAGAUAGCAUCAUCAACAUUGCAGAUGGUAAAGUGAAGCAAGAGGUUCAAAUCAAGCUUCAGAAUGUUGAAUCUGGUGAACUAGAACUAGAAAUGGAGUGGCUACCUCUUGAGCAAUAAAUAAUCAACUAUAUAAUAGGGUCAUUAUAUAUAACCAAACAAAUUUUAUUACUGUAUUCAUUAUUUUAACAUUCCCCCUUGGUUCUUGUUUGACAAAUUUUUGAAACUUUGAUCUCAUUGAAAACUUUCUUUCGUACUUUGUUGUUGUAAUGUUCUUUUGGCAGAUUAGAUAUUUGUAUAACUCAUAUGAUUAUAUGUUUUGACUCAUGUUCUUCAAAAGAUUUCAUUUGAAACC